AUGGGUACACAGCUGACCUCCUGGACUAAGUCUCUGAAUGAUACCCAGGAGUUCCUAUAGCCCUCAGCACCCCAGAAGUCCCUGGAAGGCCUAAUAGCUUCUUUGACAUCAGCAGCUUCAGAGUCCCAGUCCCCCAGUGGGUUAGAAGGGGAAGCUUUUUCCCUGGAAUACUGUUUAGACUUCAGUGGAGAUGCUCAUAAACUUUCUGAGUUCUUGAUUCAAUUGAAUAGUUACAUAGGAGUCAGAGGGCACCUGCAUCACACUGAAGCAGCUGUAGUGAGCUUUGUUGGCAACUGCUUCUCAGGUGAGGCAGGAAUGUUUUUAGCCUUACUAGAUAUCCAAAGUGCCCUGCUGGAGCAAUUUGAAAGUUUCAUAGAAGUGCUCCAGGAUACUUUACAGUCUGGAAAACAUGUCAGUCACUGCAUCAGUCAGCUGUGCCAACAGGAGGAUCCUGCCCAUCAGUAUAUGACCCACUUCCAUCUCAUUGCUCAAGAGCAAAACUGUGAUGAAAGCACUCUCUGCAUCCAGUUUCAGGAAGGGCUUUCCAGUUCUAUCCCAGACUAUCUGUCUCACAAUAACCCAUCAGCCACCAACCUAUCUAAUCUGAUCACUCAGUGCCUAGAAGAGAAACUAAGUAGUAAGACUGAUCCAAACCCACAAGAAGCAAGUCCUUCUGAGGAGGGAGGUGGGCCUGAGAAUUCAAUAGCUAAAAACCAGCCUGUGCAGGCUGAAAGAAAUAGCCCACAUCUCAGUGAAGCUGAACGGGCCGACUGUUGUGAAAGUCACUUGUGCCUCUCUUGUGGUUAUCCUGGUCAUUUUGCCAGAGAUUGUUCUGUCAAGCCUCAUCAUGCACAGCAGGAAGGAAACAUCAAGACCUGGUGGUAA